UCUAACAAUUUGAAAUGUUCACGCCAUAAGCAAAGUAUAUGGAAAGAGAUUCCAAGUUAGUGCCAGGGAAGGUCUCGACGAAGAAAAACGUGAAGAGAUGAUUAUUUUGUGUUGUUGAAGCAAAAAUAAAUAGCAACUUUAAUCAAGCAAAGUUAAAAAGUAAAGCAAAUAAAAGAUAAAAAUGAAUACAAUCGCAAGUUUUCAUAAUAUCUGUCGUAAGUUGUACAUCGUCGCUGGAAAAAAACAAUCGCAAGAAGCACUAUGGGCUUGUGUAAAUGCCAGUCAGCCAAAAAGAAACUGUGCAGCCAAAAUCAACAAUAAUGAACCAACAGCAGAUACCAGCAACUCGGCUUAUUCUCCAACAGUCACUGACUUCCACCCACUCAAGGGCAUUCGUAUACUUGACUUAACACGUAUUAUUGCUGGUCCCUAUUGCACAAUGGUACUGGCCGAUAUGGGCGCUGAAGUGUUAAAAAUUGAACGUCCAUACUUUGGUGGCGAUGAGGCACGUAAGUGGGGUCCACCAUUUUUAAAAGUAAGUAAAGAUGCAACCUACUUUCUCGCACAGAAUCGAAAUAAGAAAAGCGUUUGCUUAGAUUUAAAAAAAGGUAAAGAUGUAAUUUAUGAGUUAGCGCAAGUUUGUGAUGUGCUAGUGGAGAACUAUGUACCUGGUAAAUUAAACGAAUAUGGCUUGGGUUAUGAGCAAUUGCAUGCAAUUGCACCACAUUUGAUUUAUUGUUCCUUAACUGGCUAUGGUUCAGUUGGACCUUAUGCGCAAAGACCAGGCUAUGAUGUGAUUGCGGCCUCUAUGGGCGGUCUGCUGCAUAUAACUGGAGAACGUAAUGGACCACCAAGUAAAGUUGGAGUAGCAGUUACAGAUAUUGCGACAGGUUUAUAUGCACAUGGUGCCAUUUUGGCAGCUUUACUACAACGUCAACGCACUGGACGUGGACAGAAAAUUGAUGUCAAUCUAUUUUCUACACAAGUAUCGCUAUUAAUUAAUGUAGCGAGCAAUUAUCUAAAUGCUGAUUUAGAAGCACAGCGUUGGGGUACAGCACAUUCUAGUAUUGUGCCUUAUCAAAGUUUCAAGACGGCGGAUGGUUAUCUUACACUCGGUGCUGGCAGUGAUGCACAGUUUAAAGAACUUUGCUCUAUGCUUGAUAUUAAUGAAAUUGCUGACCAUGAAAAAUUCAAAACAAAUAAAGAUCGUGUGAAAAAUCGUGAAGAAUUGGUUACUCUUUUGACAAAUUUACUGAGUAAAAAUACUUCAAAACAUUGGAUGCAAUGUUUCGAAGGUGCUUCAUUUCCAGUUGGGCCAGUAAAUAGCAUACGUGAGGUUUUCGAAGACGAGCAUAUUAAAGGUAUUGAUUUAGUUAAAACUUUACCUCAUGCGAAAGAUGGUCAAGUGAGAGUUGUAGGUCCACCGGUCGUAUUUAGUGAAGCUAAGAAUGACGCACGUACGGCUCCACCCGUACUCGGAGAACACACAGAUGAAGUGUUGAAAACAAUAUUGGGUUAUAAUGAAGAGAAAAUGGAAGCAUUAAGAUUUAAAAAAAUUAUACAAUAA